AUAACCUCAAAAUAAACCAAACAAAAAGCCGUCAAAUCAUCAUCCAAACAACUUGCAAAAAAUACUAUAGUUUUUUUUGCAAAAAUCAAACUAAAUUAACAAUUUUAAAAAUAAAAAUCUGUUGGUACUAAAAUAAAAAUGAGUUCAAUUGGCACAGGAUACGAUUUAUCUGCUUCACAAUUCUCACCGGACGGACGGGUAUUCCAAAUUGAUUAUGCUGGUAAGGCGGUGGAGAAAAGUGGCACUGUUAUAGGUUUACGCGGCAAAGAUAGUGUUAUUUUAGCUGUUGAAAAGAUUGUCACCAGCACCUUAUACGAAGAAGAUGCUGGAGCACGCAUCUUUACGGUAGAUAAAAAUAUCGGUUUAGCUAUAGCUGGUCUCUUAGCUGAUGGUCGUUAUAUUGUGGAUAUAGCACGUCAAGAGGCUGCCAACUAUCGUCAACAGUUUGAACGUACUAUUCCCUUAAAACAAUUGACCGAACGUAUUGCCGCCUAUGUUCAUGCUUAUACAUUGUACAGUGCUGUCAGACCUUUUGGAGUAUCAGUUUUACUUUCUGCCUGGGAUGAAGAUCAAGGUGCACAAUUGUAUAAAAUCGAACCUUCUGGUUCGUCGUUUGGUUAUUUCGCCUGUGCCAGCGGUAAAGCUAAGCAACAGGCUAAAACUGAAAUGGAAAAAUUUAAUUUCCCUGAAAUGUCCACAGAGGAUUUAGUACAAAAUGCUGGUAAAAUCAUCUACCAAGUUCACGAUGAACUAAAGGACAAAGAUUUCCGCUAUGAAAUGAGUUUGGUGGGUAAAGAAACAAAUGGCUUACAUCGUAUUAACCCUGUGCCAUGGCAUAAAAUGGCCAUUGAAGCUGGAGAAGCAUUCAAGAAUGAAGAUGAUAGUGAUAAUGAAAUUUAAUUUCUCUCUUAAACAUUUUUUUCUAAUAUUUUAUAAAAUUUUUGCGUAAAAUUAAAAAAGAAACAUAAAAUUUGUAUUAAUUUAUUUGGGUUUUUUGUUUCGAGAACGCCAAUUUGAAAUAAAUUUAUAUAAAUUGAAAUCGCGGUAAGGAAAUAAACUAUUAAUUGAA